CUCGUUGCUGUAGAUUGAGCUGCAAAAGUGACUAAGAUUCAAAGAAUCAACAUCGUGUUCGAACAGUGAUUCAGUGAAGUUAACUUUGAUGAUUUAACAUCGAUGCAAUGACUAACUGCUACCUAUUUGGUAUGGAAAGUUUACACACAUUUCAUAGGCUGACGUUUUCUAAGAAAAUCAUAAUCAUCAUCUCUCAAAGAAGCGACCAGCUCAAAGGAAUCGAUUCAGUAAACUGAAUCAAACUUCGCAUCACUCCACCCGGAGCUGGGCUUCCUGAAGAAUCAGGAUUGGGAGGGCGGGACUUAGAGCUCAACUCUGAUUGAUCUGAUUGGCUAGCGACGUUCAGGGGCGCUUUCUGAUAGGCUGAAGGAGAUGUCCGUCAAAUUAGCGACUACGUGAUUGGCUGAGGUUGACAACAGGCCUCAAAUCAGCUCGGUUAGACCCAGUUUGCAUUUUUGCACAGUUCAGACUACUGAAAUGAAAGAAGCAUAGAGGGGGAAAAGCGAGUUAAGAUCUUUUAAUUACUGAGGAGAAACGCGUUCAAAGGUAUAUAUGAAGAUGAGUUAAAGCAAAGAUACCCUUUACUCUAAGGCCUGCUUUCCAGAAGAAAUCAGAGAGAACAAACUGGAGUAUUUCAGACCAGCAGCUUCAAGAGGGUGUUGAUCAUAAGACGACCUGAAAUGUCAACCACCUCCCAGAAGCACAGAGACUUCGUGGCUGAACCCAUGGGGGACAAACCCGUCACUGCUCUGUCCGGGAUUGGGGAGGUGCUGGGGAAGAAGCUGGAGGAGCAAGGCUUUGAUAAAGCGUUUGUGGUGUUGGGUCAGUUCCUGCUGUUGAGGAAGGAUCGUGAGCUGUUUGCUGAGUGGCUAAAGGACACCAGUGGAGCAAACGCACGGCAGGCCGCGUCCUGCUCGCAGUGUCUGACCGAAUGGUGCGAUGCCUUCCUCUGAGCUCAGCGGCCUUCUCUGAAACUCCUUAAAAAAAACUGUUGCGCACGUUUUCUCAGUGUAUCCAGAGCUUUCACUGUUCAGGAGUAUGUAGAUAUGUGGAUGUGUAGUUAGUUGUGAGUGUCACUUUUUAGAAGAGUGUGUGACGUGCAGUUAACGUGUAAGGGCUUGCUGAUGUUUGCUGAUUAAAUAUUGACUGGUAAAGGUACCGUGUGAUAGAAUUGUCUGCAGUUCAAAGUAUUAUUCCUUGUUAAUGUCCUGUCCAUGUUUCUAAAGAGAAGG